AGUGUCCACGUCUGCUCUCACGCACCUAAAAUUAUCCGCCAUUGUUGUGCUCGGGUAAUUUGCAAUAUUGUGUUUAGUGUAAAAUUGUAAUAAACAAAAGGCAAUAAAAUUUAAUAGUGAAGUAUUAAACAAAGAUGAGUUCAUCAGACAGUUCUUAUUCAAUUAGUAGUAGUUUAUUUAAAAAUUAAAAAACAGUUAAAUUGUUUUUUUUAAGAAAACGGGGGCUCCGCCCCCCCUAACCCCGGCCAGGGCUUCUCCCCUGGACCCCGGCUCGGUACUCCACGAACUUUCGGCUUGGUAGGAGAAAAAAUAGUAUGUGCACCGCGGGAGAAAAGUUGGACAUUUCCGCCCGCGGGUAAAAUUGCCAAAUACUUUUCUCCCUUGGUGCACAAUGUACUAUUCUUAAUGAUACGAACUAGAAAAUAUAUGUUUUAAAUACCAAUCGAAACCAAAAUUUACUAUUUUUUUAUUUAUCUUGCUGAAACAGUUAUUUCCAGAGCCUUUAGCUUACCAAAUCAAAAAAAUACUUUUGGUCAUGGUCAUGGCGGAAUAAUCAGCUGUUAAUUGCAACGAAAGUGAUUACGUUAAAUUUUACUUUAAAAUGUAUAAUUUAUAUCAUAAAAAAAUUGCGUACUUCCAAUUACCAAUUCUUAAUAGCUAUCGGAUAUAAUUCAUUGUACAAUAUUAAAAAAGGGUUUGUAGUAAUGGCGCGACAUUCCUUGUCAUCUGUCAGGUUCACUCAUCCAUUGUGCAGAAAAAAUGUGACUCGUUCAAUUUAUAACUCUUGUUUUUAUCUAAUAAGUUGUAGUUGAACAUUAAGUACAAAAUUUAAAUGUUUCCCAUGUGUAACCAAACUUGUACUUCAAUAGUUUUACAGUAAGAAAACCUUGCUCUAAAAGCAGCUUGCCAGGCCUAAUAACAAAUUUCAAUACAAAGAGUGUACGCGGCUUCACUGCUCGGACUUGGUGUUUUUCUUAUUUGGUGACAGUUAACUGUUAAUUUGUAAUAGAAAAAGUGAUAAGUGCAGUGCUCGUAAAUUAAUUUCGUGAAAGAUGUCGGGGCGAGUACGAAAGCAAACGGAUUGUUCUGUGGGUAAGCAGGGCCCGAUGCGGGCAACGCUGCCUGUGUCUUCGGUAAUGAAGCAGAGCGGUGGUUUCAAGAAGAAUACCAGCAACAGUCCGACUAUGUCUCCCACGAAUAUGUGGCGUAGGAUAUCACCAGAUCACGCCCUCUCAGGUCAAAGGAGUCCUGGUGCUAUAAAUUACAAAGGCAAAGGUCGUUUUGGAUCCAGUGUAAUUCGACGGACAGCCUCCCUAGACACGCUUUAUCAUAAAGGGCAGUGGCCAAGGGAUUAUUACCUACAUGCAGGACAGCUACAAGUAGACAAAUCAACACAAACUGAUGAUGGUGGUGGAACAUCAGGACGUUCAUCCCGAGGAUCCGAUGAUGACAAAUUAGAUAGAUUUCUCCGAAGUCGUCUUCAGCGUCCAUACAAACCAUCAGCCUCAGGGGACUAUUCUGUACAUACAAUGACUACAGCCUUAUGGUCGCGCUUCGGUAGUGGCAAUGUACCGCUUAGGGCAGCUCGUUCAUCGGUCGAAGGCCUAAAUCAAGAAAUAGAAAGACUUGUGCUGUAUCCAGCGAGUGGCACGCAAACCACACAUUUGGAUCGAUUACGGGAUAAAGUAACACCAGAAGGGCAUAGGGCUCCCUUAGCUGAAUUACUUCGUCGUUCUGUGAACACUCAAACCCCACACGACCUGAGCCAUACUGCACAUUCUUCAGGCGGCAGCGUUUGUUCAUCUCCCGAUCUCGAUGGAUCUAAGCUUGGUACUUCCCCCCAGAUAAACCGCUUCUUAGCAAGGGAACCCCCUGACGGCUGUGAAAAGGUGAAUCUGAAAGCCGGCGAAGGUGCAUACACAGAAGCGAUGUCUGUGAUAAAGCCAGCCGUGGCUGGGUUCACGUUACGGCCGUCGCAGGGCUCCGCCUUCCAGCCGCUCCAGCCGGCGCCGCACCAUUACCCGCACACGCACUGACUCGCCCAGCUCUCUCCGACCGCCUCCAUGUUCCGUCUACACGCUCCAAAUUGUCCAGUUUUAACUAAAGAAAAAUACGAAACUCGCCGCAUUAGCACCACGGUACAAAAAAUUCUACUAUAAUCUGUAAGUGCUAGUGGUUUUAAUUUCUCCCAAUUCUUAGUGAAACCGCUAAGAUGGCAACAUUAGUUAAAUAUUAUCUAUGAAUAAUAUUUGGUUUGAGCGAGCUUACUGGUACUGUGUGGCUACUGUUCUGUAUCUAGUAUUUCUUAGUUAAAACUGCAAGACUGGGACAAGAUCAUCAUACGAAUUUUGACUCAACUUUGUAAAUCUGGUUCUUACUAUAUUUCAUGGCCUCGUUCAAAUCGCGAGGUUGCUUUACUAUGGCAUACACAAUACAAAUUACAGAAUGUGCUAUUUGAAAACUUGUUAACAUAAAAAAUGAAUUCAAAGAACAACAUUUUAUUUUAGUAUUAUUAAAUCUCUGAAUUUUUGCUCUGUACAAGAGACAGUACGACAUUAUUAUCACAAUGUAACCAAAUAUAUAUUAUGUAUUGUGAAUGCCAUUUCACUAAAAAUUAGUAAUCUGACAUAAAAAAAAAUGGAUGGCUGUCACAUCUUAAAUUAAUUCUUAUUUUUAAUUUUGUGUUAAGUAACCAUGCCGAUUAGAUUUUUACGUUUUAUUUUCAAAUGAAUUCUAGUAUUAGGAUGAAAAUAAAGAGACUUGCUUUCGUGGACGUUUGAACAUAGUUCAAUCUGAGUUGUAAAAAUAUCUGUAGUCAGUACUGUACAUACUGAACUUGUAUCACACCGCACACAAGAGCGGAGUUUCUUAUUUUAAAAACACUAAAUGGAAUGUUUAAAAUGCGAUUUAAAUUUAUAAACAUUAAUCUAUAAUGACAAUAAUGACUUAAUCUGUGUAAUAAGUUACGUGUCUAAAUCUGAGUAUCUAUUGAUUGCCCGAUACAGUAAAUAUCACAUUAAUGCAAACCUUUCACAAAAAGUAUUGUCUAAAAGAAAAAACAACCAAAGGAUUUUAUCACAAUUUUAAUGAAUUAGUUUCCAUUAUUUUUUGUCGAUCGCGGUCUUGUUACACAAAUGAAGAAUUUGUAUUAAGUAGGGAAAUUUAGGGACAGGUACUAAUUUUGUUAGUAAAUGUUGUGUUGUUUUUUGUAUGAAUUGUGGAAUCAGAACAUAAAAUCGAGUAAUAAAAAUCUAGGACACGUUAGCACUUGCAAGCUUGUGAAUUUUUACUAGCUGGCAACAUCGUCCUUCCUUGUUUAGUAAUAAAAGAAUCUUGCAUUCGACUUGAAAUACUUCAAUUACCAAUAUAAUGAGCCUUAUACCUCAUGUCUCAAGCACUAGUGUCUUUCUCUGAUUCCUGCAUAGUUCAAACAUAUUUUUAUUGUUUAAAUGGAUGGACGAAAUUACGGCCCACUUGUUAAGUGCUUACCGGAACUCAUAGAUAUUCACUUCGAAAAUUCACCACCCACCUUGGGACAUGAGUGCUAAACCAUAGUUUUACAGUACAACUGCUGCACCACCCUUCAAACCGAAACGCAUUACUGCUUCACGGCAGAAAUAGACAGAGUGAUGCUACCUAGUAAACUAAAUGCCAUAAGUUAUUAAAAUACAAAAGAAAUAUACAGAAGAAUUAAGGAUCAAAUACAUACAUAAAACAAAUUAAGAAAAGUGGAUGAAAUCGUCAUUUGUGUAAUAGCUCUAUGUGAUUUCUCUUCUUGAAUGAAAUUAAACAUAGACAGUCGCAGAUUUUUCAUAUACAAUUAAGUUAGAUUAUUUGCACUCAUUACUCCUGAUAAAUCUAAUUACUUUGACUGGAUUUACGUUAUUUGAUCUCAUUUUAUGUAUUAUUUUGAAUUGUGUACAUAACGCUGCAAACAUACAAGUUGUUUUUUUUUUCUAUGUAAGUGACUUAAUUCUCGAAAUAAGAUUUUUUUUUCAGUUGAUGUUACAUGACAUUGGACCAAAUCAAUGGGACAGAGUGUGUUUUUGGUCUUGUAUAAUAUUGGUUGCUAAUAAAUUCUAAUUCGAAGAGCUUUAAAUUGUGGAAUUUGAUGAAAUCAAAAUUAUAAAAAUAAAAAAAAUUGACUGAAAUUUGUAAAAUUAACUCAUACUCUGAUACAGGUACCUCAUGCUUAGUAUAAAGUUUAGUUUACCAUAAUCGUUCACCUCUGUUUUAUACACUACAAUUUUUUUUAUCUAGUGCGAGCUCAUCAUUUGUGGGUGUAGUGUGAGAGCACUCCGUACAAUCGUUGCCUUCAACUGUUCACAUGAAUACAAAAAUACGUAUCAAUGGAGUGGCCAUUGAUACGAAUAUUUGUAAUUUAAUAGUAUAAUACACAUUAUGAGGUAUUGCUACUAGAGCAGCAAAACAUGUAACGAUUGUUUACACUAAGGGCAUUGUCUCAUUAGUAUUCUCGCUUGCUCGUAUUCGAGAAACCAUUUGUCUAUGUCAACCUUUACACAAUGUCAUUAUUACUGUUUAUACAUAAUCGAAAAUAUUAAUUUGAUUACAUUACAUAUUGUAAUUUUUUGUAUGAAAAGUUUUCUGUAUCUGUAUCAAGUGAACGAGUAGGUACUCCAUUAAAUGCUUUUUUCCAGCAUGGAGGGUUCAGACUAUUCGGAUUUCUCAUUUAGGCCAAAACGCAUUUCAUCAUCGAGACUGAUAUACUAGAAUGUUGAGAACACACAAAACAUAAUAUAGAAAUCAAAUCUGCUUUUACACAAACGCAAUUAUUUUGUAACCUUUUGUAAAUUCGACAGCAAAAAUAUACAUAAUAUAUUUUUUGGAUGGCUCACCUUUGGAAUAAAAGAAAUUAAGUAUAAAAUAAAAAAUAAAUAAAUUAAUUAAAAAUAUCAUUGCUCAAAUCAAAAUUUUUACUAAGAGCCACACUUAUGAAAUGAUGCCGAAUUUGAAAAUGUUUAUCUUAGCGUUUGGAAAUAUAUCCCAUUGCUGAAUGAUGUAUUAAUAAAUUAAUGGAACGUUUUGAACUCAAUAAAUGAAUGUGAUUGUAAUGUUAGUGAUCAGGUUAUGAUCGUAACUUGACAACUCGGGUACUGGAAGCUAUAUUUGUAUGCGACUCGCGCAUUUAACGCGAUCACAGUUAUCCAGAGUUGUGAAGUGUAACGAAGGUGCUGCAUAGUGAUUGUAAGGGUGUACAGAGGACUGACUUGUGACUUAGGGCGGGCCGCACGGUUAUCGGGAAGCGUUUCUUUUAUUAUUUAUUGGACAUGCAUUCGUCAUUUAAUCACUGAAAUAUUACAUAACGACAGUUCUGUGGGAAACGCAAGCUUUCACGAAAUAAUAAAUUGUUGGUCUAUAUCUUCUUGAACACGAUAUACGUGUUGUGAUUAUUCCCUUGUAAUUUAUCCCAGGUUUUACUUUCAUAUAAGUGGUUAGUAUUAAUGGAUGUGAAAACAUUGUCAUGGAAGAAAAACCGAGCCAGUAUUUAAAAAUCCGGAUUUCUGUGUAAAAUGUUUCGAUAAUAAGUGCAAUAUAGCUGUAAUGUGAAUAAAUAAACAUUAGGUAUCCAUGUUUUGAACGUUUCUAAUUCCCUCGAGUACUCUGACUAAUAAUAUAGACACCAUUGAUCCUUUGCUUAUUAAAAUGCCGUUUAGAAUUAUUGGGAACACUCACGUACUUAUAGUUCAUUGAUUUUGUAUCUUACCAAUUGCUUCCAUGUUUGCUUAUCCCCUUUCCCCACGUUUGAAAUCCAAAACUGAAAGCUGUACUGAACUUAGACUAGGUCCAGGUUGUAAUUUAGGAUUUAGAUAAGCCUUUCCCAAUCUUAACUUAAGUUUUAAUGACUUGACCCAAAAAGUUAUUAGCUAUUAAUAAAUGUGUGCUAUAAAUGUCCCCAUUAUUUUUGAUUUAAAGUAAAAUAACUGGGACUCGAUGGAUGUUCUUAAACAAAAAUGUUUAGUUAUUGCAUAUUCUGUCAUUGUGACAUUGCGUUAACUUUUGCAUGUUUGUUUAGGAAUGAUGGUUUUUAAAGUACAUAAAGAUAUUUUUAUAUGUUCAGGGUAGAAGCGCAAGAUGUAAUGUACCAUAAAAAUAACAUGAAUAGGACCUUAGAUACGAUAGUUCUUUUAUAGAUGGUUAAUUUUAUGUUUUAAAUUUGCUUUUAGACUAAUAAGUUUGUAAUUUUUAUUACUACGAUAUUAGAUUUAAAACUAAUAUUUAAACUAAACCAAAAGUGCCCAUUGAUAUAAGUUUACAGUUCAAGCAAGCCCUUUGUUUCGCAUUUUGUUAUGAAUAAUGUUUAGGCGACAAAAUUAGAAAUUAAGAAAAUUAUCAUGGGAUUGUUGAAUUUUAGUUAACUAAAAUUGUUGAGGUUUAUUAAUAAAAAAUCAAUUAGUUUUUUACAAGCAAUGCUCAACAGAGGGCUUGUUUAGUUAGAGGCAUUAACAUCGUUAUUAAUAGUAUAUACUUUAAGUAAAAAUAAGAAUGGUUUUAUUAUAGUUUUGUUUCGGAGAAGAAAUUCUAAUUACUAUUUUUGUUUCCAAUAUUUUAUCACUUAUCUGUUUUCACUGUAUCUUGCUGUAUUGCAGACAUAUCCAAUAUACAGACUGAUUCAA